GAAAGAUGGUUCUUCAUUUGAACUCCUUUUUUGUCUUCCCUGUAAUACUUCUGUACCACUGGAUGGGCCCAACAUUAUCUCUGAAUCUGGAAGAUCCUAACGUGUGUAGCCACUGGGAAAGUUACUCAGUUACAGUGCAAGAGUCAUAUCCGCAUCCUUUUGAUCAAAUCUACUACACUAGUUGUACCGACAUCCUAAACUGGUUUAAGUGCACACGACACAGGAUCAGUUACCGUACUGCCUACAGACAUGGUGAAAAAACAAUGUACAGGCGCAAAUCCCAGUGCUGCCCUGGAUUUUAUGAAAGCAGGGAAAUGUGUGUCCCUCAUUGUGCUGAUAAAUGUGUCCACGGUCGUUGUAUUGCUCCGAACACCUGUCAGUGUGAGCCUGGCUGGGGAGGACCCAACUGCUCCAGUGCAUGUGACAGUAACCACUGGGGACCCCACUGCAGCAGCCGCUGCCAGUGCAAGAAUGGGGCGCUGUGCAACCCCAUCACGGGCGCCUGUCAUUGCGCCUCGGGAUUCAAGGGCUGGCGCUGCGAGGAGCGUUGCAACCCCGGGACAUAUGGCAACGACUGCCACCAGAAAUGCCAGUGCCAGAACGGAGCAACCUGCAACCACAUUACUGGGGAAUGCAGGUGUCCACCGGGAUACACCGGAGCCUUCUGUGAGGAUCUCUGUCCCCCCGGGAAGCACGGCCCACAGUGUGAGGAGAGGUGCCCGUGCCAGAACGGAGGCGUCUGUCACCACGUCACUGGGGAGUGCUCCUGCCCGCCAGGAUGGAUGGGCAUGGUCUGUGGUCAGCCUUGUCCUGAGGGUCGUUAUGGGAAGAACUGUUCUCAGGAGUGCCAGUGCCACAAUGGAGGGACCUGUGACUCAGCCACAGGCCAGUGCCACUGCAGCCCAGGUUACACAGGGGAAAGAUGCCAAGAUGAGUGUCCAGUGGGGACUUACGGAGUGCAUUGCGCAGAGACCUGCAAGUGUGUGAAUGGCGGGAACUGUUACCAUAUUAGUGGUGCCUGUCUCUGUGAACCAGGAUACACUGGAGAGCACUGUGAAACAAGGCUUUGCCCUGAGGGAAUUUAUGGUCUCAAGUGUGAUAAAAAGUGUCCUUGCCACAUGCCCAAUACCUGGAGCUGUCACCCCAUGUCUGGGGAAUGCUCCUGCAAGCCUGGCUGGUCUGGGCUCUACUGCAAUGAGACAUGUUCCCCGGGAUUCUACGGUGAGUCGUGUCAGCAGAUCUGCAGCUGCCAAAAUGGUGCUGACUGCGACAGUGUGACUGGGAAAUGCACCUGUGCCCCUGGAUUUAAGGGUGCUUCUUGUGGUAGUCCUUGUCUUCCGGGAACAUAUGGAGUAAACUGUUCAUCCAUGUGCAACUGCAAAAAUGAAGCCAUCUGCUCACCAGUAGAUGGUUCUUGUGCCUGCAAAGCAGGUUGGCAUGGUGUAGAUUGCUCAGUAAACUGUCCCAGUGGUACGUGGGGACUUGGCUGUAACUUAACCUGCCAGUGUCUUAAUGGAGGGGCUUGCAAUGCUCUGGAUGGAACUUGUACCUGUGCCCCGGGCUGGAGAGGAGAAAAAUGUGAACUCCCUUGCCAGGACGGCACAUAUGGCAUAGAUUGUGCUGAGCGCUGCGACUGCAGCCACGCAGAUGGGUGUCACCCCACCACCGGGUACUGUCGCUGCCUCCCGGGAUGGUCAGGCAUUCACUGUGACAGUGUGUGUGCUGAGGGACAGUGGGGUCCAAAUUGCUCCCUGCCUUGUUACUGCAAAAAUGGAGCAUCUUGCUCUCCAGAUGAUGGAAUCUGUGAGUGUGCACCAGGAUACAGAGGCACCACUUGUCAGAGAAUUUGCUCCCCUGGGUUUUAUGGACACCGCUGCAGCCAGACUUGCCCCCAGUGUGUGCAUAGCAGUGGUCCCUGCCACCACAUCACUGGCUUGUGUGACUGCCUGCCUGGAUUUACAGGAGCCCUCUGUAAUGAAGUAUGUCCCAGUGGCAGAUUUGGCAAGAACUGCAUUGGAAUAUGCACCUGCACCAAUAAUGGAACUUGUAAUCCUAUUGACAGAUCCUGCCAGUGUUACCCUGGCUGGAUUGGUAGUGACUGCUCUCAGCCUUGUCCACCUUCCCACUGGGGACCAAACUGCAUCCACACAUGCAACUGCCACAAUGGGGCUUUCUGCAGCGCCUAUGACGGGGAGUGCAAGUGUACCCCAGGGUGGACUGGUCUUUACUGUACACAGAGAUGUCCCUUGGGGUUUUUCGGGAAGGACUGUGCAUUGAUCUGCCAGUGUCAGAAUGGAGCCGACUGUGACCACAUCAGCGGGCAGUGCACAUGUCGCACGGGGUUCAUGGGCAAGCACUGCGAGCAGAAAUGUCCCCAGGGUACAUACGGGUAUGGGUGCCGUCAGAUCUGUGACUGUCUGAACAACUCAACCUGUGACCACAUCACUGGCACGUGUUACUGCAGCCCAGGCUGGAAAGGGGCCAGGUGUGAUCAAGCUGGUGUAAUCAUUGUGGGAAACCUGAACAGUUUAAGCCGUACCAGUACUGCCAUCCCUGCUGACUCCUACCAGAUAGGGGCUAUAGCAGGCAUCAUUGUUCUUGUCCUGGUUGUGCUUUUCCUGCUAGUGCUGUUCAUCAUUUACAGACAUAAGCAGAAGGGAAAAGAAACAAAUAUGCCCACAGUGACCUACACCCCUGCUAUGAGGAUCAUGAAUGCAGAUUACACCAUUUCAGAAACCAUCCCUCACAGUAAUGGUGGAAAUGCCAACAGUCACUAUUUCUCUAACCCUAGUUAUCAUACUUUAACUCAAUGCACUACCCCACCUCAUGUAAACAACAUGGAGAGGCUGACCUUAGCAAAGGCAAAAAACAAUCAGCUGUUUGUGAACCUUAAAAAUGUGGAACCUGGAAAACGAGGUACUGCCAUGGACUACACAGGAACACUGCCAGCAGACUGGAAACAUGGUGGCUACCUCAAUGAACUUGGUGCUUUUGGACUUGAUAGGGGAUAUUUGGGGAAGUCUCUGAAAGAUCUAGUGAAGAACUCGGAAUACAAUUUAAGUAAUUGCUCAUUAAGCAGUUCUGAGAACCCCUACGCUACUAUAAAGGAUCCACCAGCUCUGGUACCAAAAAGCUCAGAAUGUGGGUAUGUUGAAAUGAAGUCACCAGCACGCAGGGACUCCCCCUAUGCCGAGAUCACCGGCUCUGCUACAACCAACAAGAACGUGUAUGAAGUUGAACCCACGGUGAGUGUUGUGCAGGGACCAUUCAGCAGCAGAGGGCAUUUCAGCCAGGAUCCUUACGAUCUUCCAAAAAACAGCCAUAUUCCCUGUCAUUAUGACUUGCUACCAGUUCGAGACAGCCUCACAUCCUCUACAAAGGGGGUCAGCACUGAAUGACCCCAGAAGCUGGUUUGUAGAACAGUGGGACUCUCAAGGGGCAAAUUGGCAUGGUUGUGCUCCUUCCUCUAGUUUACCAUCAUAUUUGGCUCCUAAUCUGUCCAGCAAGUAUUUGUUGUACAUUAAACAGAAUCUCAACACGAGGUUUGUAUUGUGUAUACAAGUGACAGAUGGACAAAUGCCACACUCUGGGGAUCCUGAUUAUUUUUUCUUAUGGCAGUAAACUUUAUAGAAAUGGGAAUGCAACACAUUUAUACUGUAAUAUACUGGCUUAAAAAUAUUAGUUUGCAGAUCAGUUUUGAUAACAUCCCAUUUUAGUGACCUUAAAUAUAGACUUCAUCUUUGUCAUGUUUCAGACAGGACAGUGCAAUUUACCAAAUACCACUUUUUACAAGUGAUCUGAUUCAUUAGUUAUUCAUUAGUAGAAGAAAAACUGCCUUGCCAAAUUUUACCUUCCAUUGUUAUCUUUAGUCAAGACAUUAAGAAACAAGAUCUGAUGGGGAUAAGUAAGCACAAUACUGCAGUUGUUUGAGAAAUCCAUCAUCAGGCUUUUUUGUCCAUUACUGGUGGUGGACAUGGGUUGCUUGAAUAGUUCUAGAGAUAAAAUAAUUGCAUACAUCAGUAUUAUAUGAUGCUUCAAGAUCUCUUAGUACUGCAGACCCUGCACUAGUCUUCAACAAAUAUUUUGCUACCAUUUGUAUAUUGCAGUUCUGACCACUAUUUCUGCCACACACAACUAAUAAUCCAUAACAUAUCAGUAAUUACUUCAAAAAAUAUGUAAAAUAAAUCAGUUUAUUUUUGUCACCAUGGACUGAUUAUGUAAGGAGUGGACAAAGGUGAUGACUUCUGUAAAUCUUAACUGCAAGGAAGGGUUUACAUUUUAUAAACAGGUAGUAAUAAUGACUGUAAUAUAGAAUAAAAAUAGGAAAGUGUUCUGAUUUUUUUUCUUAGAAAUAACAAAGCAAACUCUGUGCAUACUUGCUAAAAAGGCACCUUUUCUUUUUUAUAGUUGAUGUAGGGAAACACAUGCUUAAGCUGGUCUUUUGCAUUGCUAAUAAUGUGACACAUGUAUCUCCCAUUCUUCAUUAACUUCUAUCUCCAUUUUUACUCUGUGUGUCUGUGUUUCUAGUGAACUAGCUUGUAACUGCAAAAAUAUUCUACUAUGUGUCCAUUUAUUUUGCAUUUUUUGCCAAAUGGCCUUUAUUUUGUCCAUUUAAAGGGACCUCUGGGCAGAGGGAGAGAAUUAAAGUAAGAAUUCACGUCAUACUGAUGUCUAUCAGGAGGUGAUUACCUAAUACAUAACAGUUUAACCUAAUUUGUUAAUUGGGACAAAAAAAUUAUGGUGUUUUUGUUCAGAAUGAUAACAAGAAUGCAGAAGAAAAGUAAAAAACAGUUCCUCGUUGAAGUUUAGCUUAGUCCGUUACUCAUGUGGAUGGAGACCAUCUUUCCAGAAGAGCCUUUUUUCCAAAUAGGGCUGUAACUCCUUCCUAAACAGUCUGCUCUCUGGCUUAGCACAUGGACUGCCAUGACAUCUGGGCUGCAAUACAAUCUGACACAAAGAAUUAUCACAAUUGUGACAGCACUGAAAUAUUCCUAAGAAACCCACAACCAGUUGCCUUUGGAAUACUAAAUGCCAUAGAGGAAUAACUGGAAGAAAAACUGACAAAACUUUCUCAAUUUUUUUUAAAAGGAACACCAGAGCUGAAAUGGAAGUACAAUUUCCUUUUAUUUGUUGUCACUAAAGUGGUGAAAAAUGAGUAAGCUACUGGCAAAGACAUUGUAGCAGAUGUGCCUAAGCCUGAGAAUUUAUAUGCCUCUAUGAAAUGUCCCAUAACAUUCUUGGUUCUGGCUAGCCGUGAUAACUGGCUGUUUUGCAAUUCCCUGGGCAUUUCUUGUACAUCCUUAGAAAAAAUUAUUUUAUUUUAUUUUGCUAGUUAACAUUAACUAGAAGAUUUCAGAAGCUGGUUACAAUUUAAUCCCUCUGUAAGACAAAGAAAUGAUUGGGUUUGUAUGCAUAUAGAUAAUGUGUAGAGCUACUGAUAUAUACAUUUUUUGUAUUGUGUGAAACAGACUUUAAAAUAAAACCUUUCUUUUCUAAAGCCAUGAAUAGAAAGUGCUGCCAUUUAGCAAUUGUGAGCUCACAAAAACCUGUUUUCUUGCUCUGUGUAAAAUUUGGAGGCCACUAGGUAAAUGAAUCUUCAUAAUCUAAGUUCUUUUUAACACGGGAAAGUGAAGAGCUGAAUAAAUGGUAUUUUUUUGAAAAUCUCCAGUAUGUCUCAUAUCCACAAGUGAUAUAUUCAGGCAAAUAUUCAUGAAAACAGAUGAGUUUAUGAAAAUUUUGCCUAUUGGGUAUGUUCUAAAUAUAUACAUUACCAAGGUCUGCCUUUCUGUAUGUGGGUAAAACUCCUGCUGUGUAGUCAGCAUAAGCAAUGUCUGCAUUUAUCUGAGCUGGGUGUGCAACACAUACAGGUAGAGUAAACGUCUUGUGAGUUUACUUCAGUGAGUGAUCCUUGGUAGGUGCUCAAAAAACAUUUCCUGGAGUACACUCUGCUCUCAACUUGAGACCCCCAAGCUCAAUCUUCAUGACAGUCAGAGGGUCCUUUUUGUAGAUUCCACUCUGAUCUUUACAGAAUUUUAAUAUUUCUGGAAUGUGCACACUUACAUUGUGGAGAAAACUGAGUAAGUUGAUGUAAUAAUUUUGGCAAACACUCAGAGAAUUGGCUUCCACAGACAGGAAGGAAAAGAGACACUUUGUCUCUAUAUAUUCACAUCACAGUUGUGAGAAACAGCAUUGAAAAUUGAGAUAGCUCUCCCCUUCCAACUUGCGAUCAUUUUAAUAAAGUUCAAAAUGCCGCACAAAGUUAAUAGCUGAUUUUAAAGUAAGUAGCGAGUAUAAACUUUAGAUUUUAAAUACUGUAGGCAUAUUAACUCAGGCCAUUUAGAAUAUGAACCUCAAGGCUUUCUACUAUAUCAAAGAUUUUUCAUCACGACACAUGGUCACAAACAAAAUUUGUCCUUAUCUUGAUCUACCCAGAGAACUUGCAUUAACUCAAAUUGGAGAUGCACACGCAGAUUACAGGGGAAAGAAGAUUUCAUUGUACUCAUACUUCCUGCUGAGACAAUCUGCAAAGUCAAGUUUGUAUUGAAGUGAAGUUAGUAUAAAAUAAAAGUGGAAAAUGUGUUAUUUAAAAUAUACUGGAUUUUCAAGUACUGUAACUAUAAUUUUUUAUCAGAUAUGUGUCCAAAUAAUAAUUCUUAGACCGAAGCUCCAAAGCCCAGACUAAAUACAGAGCUAAUUUUGACAAAAAAUGCUUUAUAUUAAAGACUGUAUAUAUAGUAUCUGAAAUUACUGAAGACAAAUGGGUGUAUGUUCAUCAGUUGCUGUACAAAAAAUUUUGUCAUUUGAUACACUCAUACUAGUGUUAGAGCACUGAACCUAACACUUCUUUCUUCAGUUUUUUAGCCCACAAGACUUCACUUUGAUAUGAUUGAACUGUAAUAUAUUUUUAAAGAAAAUCUAUCGAGUAUGCCUGGCUCUUCUUCUUAGUUGUAACCAAAAAAAAAAGUGUUUUGUUUGAAAAUAUAUAUUUUUUCCAAAGAUGACUGAUGUUCAUCAUUCUGCCCCUCACUACCAUUUACUUCAACUUCACAUACCUGUAGGUUAAUAGAAUAACAUUUCUAAUGAAAGGUGGGAAAUGCUUUGAAUUUUUUUUUUCCUUUGUUUUUCAUUUGCUUAUGAUGGAUCUUGAGUGGGAAAUAUAGAAAAUGUCAUUCUUGCUGUCAUGGUUUGACCCCAGCUGGCCACUCACUCCUCCAGGGAGGAGAAGUGGAAAGGAAACUUUGUGGAUUGAAAUAAGAAGUGUUUAUUAACUGACACAAAAUAAAUUACUAUUACUGCAUAAAUUACUACUACUAAAACUAAUAAUUGUACUGAAAAAGAGGGAGAAAAAAAUAAAUGCGGAGGGCACAGAAAGUCAGGAAGUAAAGUUUAUUGAAUGGAAAAAGACGGCUGCAAGAAGUUAUGGCUGAGAACAGCGACAAAUGAAGAUAUGAUUUGAAGAUAUAUAACAUGAUGCGGUUAAGACAGAGACUGUUAUUAAUUAGAAUUGUUAAUGCAUGUUCGCUAUUUGUUGUACCCCAGUUUUUAUCGAAUUUCACAUUUUUCCCUUCAGAAUUAUGCCCUUUUUUCUAUUGGUUCACGUUUGCUGCACUGCAGAUGUUUCUCUCAUUGGUCCCUCCUGAUCUCAUGUUCCCUCCUUCCUUCCCUGGUUGGUUAUCACCCCUGUCAAUCCUAUGCUCUUUCCUGUUUUCCAGAACCUUCCCACCUUACCCUAUAAAUAGAGCUAGACACCUUCAAUAAAGGGAGAUAGCCCCAAGCUAUAUCACUCUG